UAUCCUCUUAACUCCGAGUGUCUCUGCCUUCGCUCCUCACCGCUUCUCUCAAAAACGCUCCUAAAUAAGAAGAAACUUUAAGUGUGGGGCUGACACGCGGACUCCGGACGGCUGCCGAGGCUUCCGUGGAUGCUGAAGUUCUCCAGAGUUGAUCGCGGGUGUCGGGGCUCCUGUGGGGCCGCGCACGAGGAGCGUGUCUGAUCUGCGGUAGACAGUAAUCGCAUCAGACCGGCUUCACCGUGCAUACAAAGACCUGCAACAGUCUGGAUCGAAAAAACCCCGCAUUUUUUUCUUCUCUGUGAGUUUAAAUGAGUAAUUACUGCAUUUGAAACUCAGAUCGGGCUCUCGGAAUCAUAAAGGAUUGAAAAUGCGUCUCCAGGAGAGAGUGAUGGUGCUUCUUGCUUUGGUGUGGAUGUGUAAUUUCGCUCUAUGCACAAGAAAGUCUAGUGCACGCAAGUCAGAGAGGUUAAGUCCACCGCUAGACAUUCAGCUGGAGACAGUGAACUGCACUGCAUUCAGUGUCCGGUGGAAAAUGCCCCGUAGACACGUCAGCACUAUCACUGGAUACAAGGUGUUUUACACGGAGAUGAGGAAUAAUCGUCCGACUAGCAAUGCUGUUGCCCUGGAAGUCCCACUGAGUUUGGAAAUGCUCACAACUGGACAGUUUGAUGGCCAAGCCAGCUUUGAUGUGGUGAUCGGGAACCUGAAGGUGGCCACGCAGUACCGUGUCAGUGUGGGGGCAUACGGAUGGGCAGGGGAGGGCAGACCCAGCAUGCCCCGGGACAUCAGCACUGGCUCUCUUGAAAAGUGCAUGCCUCCUGCACCUCCGACCCAGCCAAAAGUGGUCCCAGUGUCAGACACAGAACUGGCAUUGUCAUGGCAGCAUGGGGAGAGUGAAGGAAGUGCACCUGUGCUAUACUUCCUAGUGGCAUAUAUAAGAGCGGAGAUGGACACUGAGUGGACGUACAUCAGAGAGCCAGUAGAGUCGAACUCUAUGGUGCUCAAGGGUCUGCUUCCUGAGACAGAGUACCAGUUUGUGAUCAGAGCCGUGAACGCACACGGGAUCAGCCCUCCCAGUGCCAUCAACAACCCCGUGCGCACUCUCGGUUCAGGAGAUAUAGGCAGUGGAGACUAUGACGUCUACAUCUCAAACUCUGACAGUAAAGAUGAGGACGGGUUUGAAACCGAUGACUCUGAUUAUGACGUCUUCAUUGAGGAGAUAAAGUCGUUAUCUAAGAAAAGCGGCAGACGGUCUCAGCUCCGCUCCCGCGUCGGGACUCCCGGUAACGGAAAUGUUAUUUAUAGGAUGCGAACACCUGUUUCCCAAAAUAUCAGCUUCACACCAACAGCAGUGGCAGCAUGGACCACAUCAACAACAUUCACUAGCCCCGCCUCCAGGACAACCACCACACCUGUUGCACUGACAGGCUCCGCCCCCACCACGCCUCCUCCCGUAGUUCCUUCUCCCAGUCCAUCGGUGACGCGGUGGAAAGGGGAAAGACCCCGGGUCUAUGAUGUACCAUGUGACGAGAUGGUCUGCCCUGCCGACAGCUUCUGCAUCAACGAUUACGACACUGGAGGCUCACGAUGUCACUGCAACCUCGGUCGCCAGGGAGACUUCUGCUCAGAAGGUCUGACGGUCAAUUUCCCAAAGUUCUAUGGCUACUCCCACAUGACGUUUGAACCUCUUAAAAACUCUUACCAGAGCUUCCAGAUCAGCCUGGAGUUUAAGGCUGAGGCUGAGGAUGGAUUACUGUUGUAUUGUGGAGAGAAUGAACACGGUAGAGGAGAUUUCACCUCGCUGGCCCUCGUACGGGGAAAACUACACUACAGGUUUAACUGCGGUACAGGUGCAGCUCAGAUUGUAAGUGACAGCUCCAUUGUGAUUGGACAGUGGCACAGGGUCACAAUAUUUAGAGACGGCAUGAAUGGCUGGCUGAGAUUAGACAAUGACACACCAGUGUCGAGCCGUUCUCAGGGUCAGUACACUAAAAUAACGUUCCGCACGCUGUUGUUUCUGGGCGGAGCUCCGAAUGCCUAUUGGCUGGUGAGGGCGGUGGGCACCAAUCGUGGCUUUCAGGGCUGCAUGCAGAGUCUGACUGUCAACAGUAAAGCCAUUGACAUCCGCCCCUGGCCUAAAGGAAACGCACUGAGCGGAGCAGACAUCGGGGAGUGCAGCAACAGUGUGUGUGAGAAGGUCACCUGUGCUAAUGGAGGAAUCUGCUUUGCCAACCGUGCGGAUGGCUUCAUCUGUCUGUGUCCUCUCGGCUAUAAGGGCUUCCUCUGUGAGGAGACUUUCCUGUUGUCUCUACCCCAGUUUAAUGAGAGCAUGUACUCGUACGCCAGCGCCCCCUGGCCUCAGCCCUCCCACAACUACCUGUCCUUCAUGGAGUUCGAGAUGACCUUCCAGCCGACCAAUCCUGACGGCACGCUGCUCUACACCGAUGAUGUGGCCAGUCGUGACUUCCUGUCCAUCAGCCUGGUGGGCGGAUACGUGGAGUUUCGCUUCGACUGCGGCUCGGGUGCCACAGUUAUCAGGAGUGAAGAGGCCGUCGCUACAGACGCGUGGCAUGAGUUGCGUGUCUCACGAACAGCAAAAAAUGGCAUUUUACAGGUAGACAACCAGAGACCAGUGGAAGGCAUGGCAGAGGGUGCAUUUACACAGAUAAAAUGUAGUUCUCCUCUCUAUAUUGGAGGAGUUCCUAAUUAUGAUAUUACUAAGACGAGCGCUGGCGUCCUGAGACCCUUCAGUGGAACUGUGCAGAAGAUCACUCUGAAUGACCGCACUAUAGAGCUGAAUCCCGGUCAGGCUUUUGGGGUGAACGUGUUGAACGCAGAUCACCCGUGUGUGGAGAACCCAUGUGCUAAUGGAGGAACCUGCAGGCCGAAGUGGGACGGAUACGACUGUGACUGUACGCUUGGGUAUGAUGGGAAACACUGUCAGAAAGAAUGUGGGAAUUAUUGCUUAAACACUGUCACUGAAUCUAUUGAGAUCCCUCAGUUCACUGGACGCAGCUAUCUGACAUACGACAACAGAGAUAUCCUCAAAAGGGUAUCAGGUUCCAGAACAAACAUGUUCAUGCGUUUUAAGAGCACGUCUAAAGAUGGUCUUUUACUGUGGCGGGGGGACAAUCCAAUGAGAGCCAACAGUGACUACCUGUCUCUCGGCCUUCAAGACGGAGCGCUCAUUUUCAGUUAUAAUCUUGGUAGCGGAGCUGCCACUGUGGUCAUUAAUGGCACAUUUAGUGAUGGCAAAUGGCACAGAGUGAAGGCUGUCAGGGAUGGACAGUUUGGUAAACUAACCGUUGAUGAUUACGGAGCUAAAACGGGCCGAUCUCCUGGAAAGAUGAGACAGCUGAACAUCAAUGGUGACCUUUACAUUGGGGGGAUGAAGGAGAUCGCGUUGCACACUAACAGGCAGUACAUGCGAGGUUUAGUGGGAUGCAUUUCUCAUUUCACUCUGGCCACAGACUACCAUCUGUCUCUGGUUGAUGAUGCAGCUGACGGCAAGAACAUCAACACCUGCACCAACUGAACACCUCAAAAA